AUGCCUGUCCUGGCUUUUUUUGUGAUUUUCCUGGGAAUUGAAAUUCUUGCACUUCCAACGGAUGAGCAAAGACUUUUGGAGACUGUAUUAUAUGACUACAACCAAGCAUCGAGACCCGUUUUUAAUGCUGCUAAAACUGUGGUUGUUAAGUUUGGGAUUACCCUUACACAGAUUUCCGACAUGGACGAGGUUAACCAGGUUUUAACAACAAACGUCUGGCUUGAACAGGAGUGGACAGACGAGCGGUUAAAGUGGGAUCCUCGAGAUUACAACGGUUUAGUCGUGUUACGUAUACCGUGUGAAAAGAUAUGGCUUCCCGACAUCGUCCUCUAUAAUAGCGCUGACGAUUUUACCUCUGGAUAUAUGCAGAGUAAAGCUAUGGUCAACUGCAAUGGAACAGUGUUCUGGCCACCACCAGCGAAAUUCAGGAGUUCCUGCAAAAUAGACAUCACGUAUUUCCCAUUUGAUGAUCAAACAUGUAAAAUGAAGUUUGGUUCGUGGACGUACGAUGGGUUUCAAGUUGACCUUACGAACAAGUCAGCUGUUGUGGACCUAUCUAACUACGUCUAUAGUGGUGAAUGGGAACUGCUGGACAUUAGGGUAGUUCGAAACGAGGUGUAUUAUCCAUGCUGCAUAGAACCUUUCCCAGAUGUGACGUUUACAGUGAUCAUGAGAAGGAGAACUCUGUACUACUUGUUCAAUAUAAUAUUUCCAUGUCUGUGGUUGACCAUCCUCAGUUUGUUGGGAUUCUGGCUACCCCCUGAUUCAGGAGAAAAAAUUACACUUGGAAUAACUGUGUUACUGGCCUUUUCCGUCUUCAUGCUUCUGAUUGCUGAAAAUAUGCCAGCUACAUCGGAAUUCGUACCGUUAAUAGGUAUAUACCUGACUGUUACCAUGGGUAUGACCUCUUUAUCAAUAAUUCUCGUGGUAUUCGUCCUCCAACUACACCACGUGGGGCCGCAUCAACGACCCGUGCCGAGAUGGCUGAGGUUCCUAUGCGUAGAAAUCCUUGCGCGCAUUAUGUGCAUGAGAACUUCUCAGAUCCCUGCCUCUUACAGCAAGGACUUCCGUAAAGAUGACAUGUGCCUCACAACUUUCUUCGAGAAUGUUGACGGAAAUAAUUGCAAUGGAAAUCUUCCACAAAAUACUUUGAAAUAUCACGACAAAAUCAUAGAUGUUGAAAGGGAUAGCACACAUAGAAGAAUAACUAAACAUCUGAAAGUUUUAGUGGAAAAACAAGACUUUGAUGACCAUCACCAGGACAUAGUGAAUGAGUGGCGGUUUGUGGCGUUGGUCAUGGAUAGGAUAUUAUUUUGGGUUUUCCUGUUUGCUUCCUUAAUUUCAUCAAUAAUGAUAUUAGUUGUUGAACCUAUGAGGAAACCACCGGUGUGAUAGGCAGUAUAAUUGUGUGUGCGCGCGAGGGUGACAGUGCGUAUAUAGAUCAUGAUUUGCAUUUUUUUUUAAAAUGCGUUGGAUACAAGACUGAUGAACGGACUAAUUACCUCUCCAUUUCAAUAAUCUGUCCACUCAUGUCCACUUCAGUUAGGUAUACAAAUACAGUGACAUCUGUC